AUGAUCCCUUCAUCAACUGGCCUGGUUCAAUGGCCAAGUCUGCCCGUCAUUCUAUGUGUGGGCAUCAUCUCAAGCGUUGCUUUGUUGUUUGCAAGGCUUCACAAACGCCCCUGCGUUGCCCCGACUUCCACAUCGCACCAUGCCUCUCCUGAAGUGAAACCGACCAGUUAUCCACCCGUUGAAAGAAUGGACGAUUUCGACUGGAAAACUAAAGAGCCUGUGAAACUUCGACCAUUCAAGCCUAAAUACAACUUGACAAUGAGUAUCCAGGAUGCGACCGUGAAUGAGAUUGUCGAGAUGGACAAGAACUACCUCGAUAGAAUCACCCUUCGAAAGAACUUGAUCGAGCAAUAUCCUGAUCGGGUGUCCGCUGCCGAAGCCAGUGCGAAACCGGCCAUUGAUGAGUUCUACACCUGGCUAGUGGGAACGUACCUUCCAACUCGGUUCCCUCUCAUGUUCGAAUUGAGAUACGGAAAUGAAAAAUCGCAGCUUUUGCAUAGUAAUGUGACAGGCACAGACUAUCCACUCGAGCCAGAUAUGAGCUCUGUUGUGACUCUGAGACUCAUGGGUGGCCUGGUUGACGACGAUUUCCUAUUUCUUCUGCCGUCAGAGGAUGGGGAUGGAUACACACUGAAAGCCUUCGUUACAUGUUUCCCCAAUGGAUUUGACACGGCAAAGAAGCUGAAUCUAAAAUUGAGAGAUAUCCACAAGCCUGUUCCACAAUACAAGGAAAAGCUGGAGAAGAGCAUGGAUCGAUAUCUGGACCGGUUGAAAACCGGAAAAUUCAUCAAGCGCGCCAACGCACGAGUGCGAUGUGAGAGGCAGAUGGUACAUCGUCUGCCAAAGACAGGAGCCAUACUAUUUUCCUUCCAGACGUAUCUCUAUCCACUCCCUGAGAUCAAGAGCGAGGGACUUGGCGAGGCUCUAGCCGAGGCUAUCGAUGGAUUGAAGCAGGGAAAUGUACCUGGCUUCCACUUUUAUAAAAGAGCUGCGGUCUGGGGGGAGUCUGCCAAGGCAUAUCUGAGAGGAUAA